UUCCCGAAUCCCGAGACGACGGCCUGACUGUCGCUUGUCAGCCUGCAGUUUUGGCGAGAUACUAGACGACAACAACAACAAGAUGACUCGCUGCUUUAGUCAGAUUCUGCCCGCAGUGGCACUCGUCGUCGCGGCCCUUCGGGGCGUGACAGCUGCGACACCGUCGACGGGAUGCGGCAACGCCCCUAAACUCAUCACCGACGCGGCGGCUACGACACCCCUGAGUCUGACCUCGAACGGCAAGAACCGCGAGUUCUACGUCAAGCUCCCCGAGAACUACGACAACAGCCACCCGUACCGGCUGAUCUUCACCCUGCACGCCCUCGGCGGCAACGCCCAGCAGGUCACGGUCGGAAACGGCGGCUACCUACCGUGGUACGGAAUCCCCGCGCUCGCCAACGACACCCUGGGCGCCGUCUACAUCGCGCCCAACGGGCUCAACAACGGCUGGGCCAACCAGGGCAGGGAAGAUGUGACCUUCCUCGAGACGGUCAUGGAGACGGUCGAGGCCGAUCUCUGCAUCGACCAGAACCUGCGCUUCUCGACGGGCUUCAGCUACGGCGCCGCCAUGUCCUUCUCCCUGGCCUGCUCGCUCGGCAAGCAGAUCCGCGCCGUCGCCGCCCUGUCCGGCAACCCCAUGAUCAGCGGCUGUGUGGGCGGCACCGAGCCCGUCGCCUACUACGGCCAGCACGGCACCAAGGACUCGGUGCUCCCCAUCGCCGGCGGCCGCCAGAUGCGCGAUCGCUUUGUGAAGAACAACGGCUGCACCGCCCAGUCGCCUCCCGAGCCCGCGGCGGGUGGCAAGCACGUCAAGACGGCCUAUAGCGGCUGUGGUGACUACCCCGUUGUGUGGAAUGCUUUUGAUGGCGAUCAUACUCCGCAGCCGAUGGAUCCGGGCGCGGCUGAGACGUUCUCUGCGGUCGAGAGUUGGGAGUUCUUUUCGCAGUUCGAGUAGAGGCAAGGGCAAGUCAUCCUGCCCCGUACGAGCGGCUUAGGACAAGGAGAGAAUGGUAUCUUUCUGUAUUGAAGGAC